AUGGCAUCUCGGGGAGGACGAAAAGACGAUGACCUCAAAGAGCAGUACAACGCUCUAGCUGAGGAGCUUGAGCGCGUCCGAGGGGAAUCCCAAUCCCUUAAGGAGGCGAUGAGCCAAGAGAAGAAUGAAGCAAACAAAUACAAACGCAAAGUGGUGUCCAUCGAACGCCGCUGCACGACGGCCGAGGAGGAGAAAGAGCGGCAUUUCGAGGAGAGUCAAAAAAAUCUGGCGAUGGCUCGGGAGGCGGUGGAGAAGAGCAAGCAAUACAAGAGUCAGGCUGAGCGACGUGAAAAGGAAAUCUCGGGGCUGCAGACGGACUUGUCGACCUCUGUGGGGGUCACGCAGUCUCUUCAGAGCGAACUGGGAGAGUUGAAAAGCGCCUUUACGAAAGUCGCGGAUCAAGCGAAGAUUGGAAAUGGCGACAAGGUGGAUACUGCGAGGAUGCUGGUACAGAAAAUGAUGAGAUUGCGGCAGCUCGACAAUCAGCUGGAGAAUGACCUUCCGACAGAAAUGGGGACGGGUGAGGAGGAGGGAAGUGUAGAAGAGAAUAGAGCCAGUCAUGCUCCCCCCGAGUGGCGGCAGAUCGAGGAAAGCGGUCUUCAGGGGCUGUCCUUGGACGACGAGCUGGAGGAUUGCGACCAAAGACAAGGUUUAAACAACGAAAGCCCGAGAUCGUUCGGCGACGAGUCCGAAUCUUCCCAAGACACGGCUCUAUUCGAUGCAGAUAGGACUCGAGGUGGCUCCCCACCCACGGAUCCCUCAGACGACGAUGACAGCGACGACGAGAAAAUCCAUCUGCACCAUACGAAGCCGGUAAAUCUGGCUUCAAAGCCGGCGUGGGAUUAUUUGGACGGCACGCCUGACGUCGUUCCUAGCUCGGAGACGAAGAAGCAGGAGCAUCCUGAGUUCCGUCUAGAUCUUUUGGAGCAGAGUGGACCUCGAAAGCGAGCUCGCAUUCGCGAACAUCAGGACAAGGCCCUAGUGAAAGAGCCCAACCCGUGGAAAGGCAACCAGAAGUCUCGCCUUCCGGUGGAUCUGGUGAAGGACCUCUCACGCUUGACGUUGCAGGACAAGUCGGGCAAGAAGCCGCCCAAGCCAAGUGCGAAGCAGGUCAAGUCUCUCGUGAAGCAGCUGCCGGGAAAUUCGCAUUCCGACAGAUUCAAGCAUCUCCGACCUGAUCGCUUUAAGCGGUCCAAACGCAACAAGCCACCGGCCAGGGACUCGGCUGCCGUCGAGUAUACGGUCCUCGUUGAUCCGGCCAUAGCGCAGAACACGAAUCUGUUUGGCAAUCAGUCGGCCAAUCAGUCGGCCGGUCAGCCUACGCAGGCCGUCCAAGGCAAUUCCAGUGGCAUCCAUGGGAACAUGUUCGCCCCGGAGGUACUCGCUCCCCCCGUGCCCGUCUCUCACGAAGCGACUGCCAGCACCGCCAACGUCGUCAACAACAACAACAACGCACCCCUCCAGCAAUGGGGCCCGUUGGCAACCCCACCGAAGCCGCGACUUACUGCCCAGCCGCUGCGGAAGUACAAGCCCCUCGGUCCACCCAAAGACAGCCCCAAAUUGCCCCGGAUCGUGCGCCAGAACUACCCCGGCGCCAUCUACCGUCCGACGCCGUACGGACAGGGCGCUACUCGCCUAGAUCUUCCCUGGGCGGCAUGGAUGACGAAGAUCCGUGGCGAGAAGAAGCAGGCGUCGAAGGCGACAGGCGGGGCGGCUGUGCAGACCGGCUGGGAGGGCUGGGACUUCGACGUCUUCCAGCGGGGCUCGGACAGCGCCGAUUUACUGCCGGAGCAACAGAGGGUCCUGCUGAAAUGGCGCAUCGCAUUUAUGGGUAUCAUGCUGCUGUUCGUUCUCUGGUUUCUCACUCACAGUGAUGUUACCAUCAGCAACCGGGACAGGUGGAUGGAAGUCAACGACGUACCGCGAUCAGUUCUAAGGCAGAUGCGCGGCCAACCGAGACUCAACUAUCGAUGGAUGGACAUAGUGGAUUACGAGCUGGUGCGCUGGUCCGGAAUCGACCGAGUGGCUUUGGGAUGA